AUGAGCGUCACAUACGAAGUCUUCCGCGGCUCCGCCGAAGGCCGAAUCAUCUCCGACAAAACCACCCAAACCCUCGAACACAACGAAGUCUUCAUCGAAACCACCCAUUCCGGCCUCUGCGGCACAGACGAACACUACCUCACUUCUGGCCAAGUCCUCGGUCAUGAGGGAAUCGGCAUCAUCAAAGCCGCCGGCCCAGGCGUGAGCAGCGUCAAAGUCGGCGACAGGGUCGGAUUCGGAUACACGCACAGCAUCUGCGCGUCGUGCGAUAACUGCGCAACCGGCUGGGACCAGUACUGUCGCAACCAGAAGCAGUAUGGUUUCCAUGACUUUGAUAACGGGACGUUUAGCUAUGGGGCUGUCUGGGAUGCGCAUUGCGUUUAUCCGAUUCCCGAGGGGUAUGACUCUAUACAUGCGGCGCCGCUGAUGUGUGCGGGUGCGACGGUGUGGACUGUGCUCACUGAGUAUGGGAUUCGGGCGACGGAUCGGGUGGCGGUUAUGGGGAUUGGGGGGUUGGGACAUGUGGCGAUCAAGCUUGCUGCGGCGAUGGGGUGUCAUGUUGUUGUGUUGUCUAGCUCGGAGUCGAAGAGACAGGAGGCGAUGGAGUUUGGGGCGUCUGAGUAUCAUGUUUUCCGGUCUGGAGACGCGGCGCCCAAGGACUUUAAGCCCGUGAAUCAUCUUUUGCUGUGUGGGAGUGCUAGUAUUGAUUAUUCUUCGCUGGUCCCGCUCAUGAACACACACGGAAACAUCUACCCUCUCACAGUCUCUUUUGAUGCAUCGCCGAUUCCUUUGCUCGAGUUGAACUGGAGGGGUGUUCGCAUUCAGGGCUCGUUGGUGGCAUCUCGCCAUAGCAUUCGCGAUCUGCUUGAGUUUGCGGCACGGAAAAAUAUCACGCCUACUGUUAUGACUUUCCCAUUGAACCCUGCUGGUAUUGAGGAGGCGAUGCAGGUCUUGAGAGAUGGAAAGAUGAGAUACCGCGGUGUGCUGGUUCGUAACUAG